UAUGAAGGAUAAUUAAAAUGAAUCUGAAUUAUUAAAAGCCAAAGUUGUCGACAUCAAUAAUCAUGUUAUAGGUAAUAAAAAGUAAUAAUUAUUAUUAAGACUUGAUUUGUAUUGAUUAUAAGCUAUUAUCUAAAGUAAUUCAUCAAGCAACUUUUUUAUUCGUCAUAGAGAAGUAGACAUUCAGAAUCUUUUGUCAUAAGCGUUCUUAAUAAAAAUAAUAUUAACCUGGGACACUUAGCACUUGUUUUACUGGAAUUGUUCUAGAAUCUGAGGAUUAUCGUUAAUGUGCUAAAAGAAAAUUAAUAUAAGAAACAGGAUUAGACUUAGAAUUGACAUAUCUCAAUUCUUUUUAUUUUGAAAGUAAGAAAAAUAAGAUCUGGGGAUAAAUAUUUUAUACAUUUUAUGAUGGAUAGAUAAUUAACUUUAUCUAAGACCCUAAAGAAGUUGAAGAGAUUGAAUUAAUGUCUUAUAAAGAGAUUGUUAUUCGAGAAUAGAAUGGCGAGAUAUUCACUCCUGAAAGUAUCCAAGCACUUCAUUUUCUAAACAAGAGAGUUCUUCGCCAAUGAUAU